ACAGUCGGUUCAUUCAACGCUCGGCGUCCAACCGAUCAAGUCGCUUUAUAAAGAGCGGAUCCAAAGAAAAAGUUCAGUAAAAUAUCUCGUGUGUGCAUCUCGCCUAGGAUUUUGCAAUCGUCGUUUCCCCCAGAGUUUAUAAAUACCAAUUCUACACACCGAAGUGCAAUUAAAACAACGUGAAUCAGGAAACAGUCUAUUCCGAAUUAUUUAAAUUCGCCGAGAAGUAUUUUUCUUGUACGUCGGAUAUAACUAGUAGCCUGCAGGUAUGGCUGAAGCCCAUGCCGCCGUGGCAUUCUCAUUUGCCAUCACCCACGAGGGCUUCGACAUCAACUAUGACCACGAGGUGCUCAAUUUGGUGUGGAACUCAGGAGUUCGCUCGUGGAAAAAGCGUUUGGCACGCGCUAGGAAUGGUGUGCGCAAUGGCGUUUAUCCGGCCCACAUUCAGAGUCUUUGGCUGAUCACGGCCAUCGCAAUGGGGCUACAUUUUGCAGGGUAUCAGGCUCCAUUCGAUCUGACCAAUCGGAUACUGGUUCACAUGAGUUCCAACACAAUUAACUGGCAGAUUGCUGCCUGCUUUUUGUCUGCAUUGGUGGUGUGGCUCUCCAUCUGCUUCACCAUGAGGUACACCCUCAAGUUGCUGCUCAUGUACAAGGGCUGGAUGUACGAGUCCAGAGCUCCCGGGAGUCGUGUCUCACUGCCCACCAUGUUGUGGGUGGCUGUGGUGCGAGUGCUCUCCAGCUGGAACAAGCCUGGUCUGUACAGCUUCCAGGGAUCUCUGCCUCGCUUGCCACUGCCCUCUGUUAAGGACACGAUGACACGGUACCUGAGAAGCGUUCGUCCCCUGCUGGAUGAUGAUAACUACACGCGAAUGGAGCGACUGGCCAAGGAGUUCGAGCAGACCAUCGGCAAAAAGCUGCAAUGGUACCUCAUCCUCAAGAGCUGGUGGUCCACCAACUACGUGUCGGAUUGGUGGGAGGAGUACGUCUAUCUGCGUGGUCGCAGUCCACUGUGCGUGAACAGCAACUUCUAUGGCACGGAUGCCAUCUUCAUGAACCUCACCGACAAACAGGCUGCACGAGCGGCCAAUGUGAUCUCUCUGUUGUUGAACUUCCGUCGAUUGAUCGAGCACCAGGAACUGCAGCCCAUCAUGGUCCAGGGCAUGAUUCCUCUGUGCUCGUGGCAAUACGAGCGUACCUUCAACACCGCACGUGUGCCCGGCCUGGAAACCGAUCGUAUUAUCCACUACAGGGACUCGAACCACAUUGUGGUUCUCCACAAAGGCUGCUACUACAAGAUGCCCAUCUAUUACAAGGGCCGCAUCCUGCGUCCUUGCGAGCUGCAAGUGCAAAUUGAGGAAAUCCUGAAGGGAAAGGCUACACCCGUGGAAGGGGAGGAGCACUUGGCUGCCCUGACCGCCUGGAACCGAUCCAAAUGGGCGGAGGCGCGCAACACGUUCUUCUCAUGGGGCGUUAAUCAUGUCUCCCUGCGAACCAUCGAGUCUGCAGCCUUUGUACUCUCCCUGGACGAUGAGCCCUUCGAGUUCGAUCUGGCCAAACCGGAGCUGCUGGACAACUUUGGCAAGAAGCUGCUCCACGGCAAUGGCUACAACCGCUGGUUCGACAAGUGCUUCACCGUCUGUGUGGGCACCAACGGACGCGUUGGCUUCAACGCCGAGCACACCUGGUCUGACGCCGCCAUCGCCUCACACAUGUGGGAGAACCUGAUCGUCGAUGAUCUUGUAUCGGAUGGAUAUGAUGAAACUGGUAACACCAAGGGCACACCUGAGUUCCAGCCACCUACACCCACUCGCCUUGCGUGGGAUCUCAAGCCAUGUCUGCCGCAGAUCGAGGAGGCCACCAUCGAUGUGACCAAGCUGAUCAACGAGGUCAAUCUGCGCAUUCUGGUGCACCAGGAGUACGGCAAGGGCUUCAUGAAGAAGUGUCGAAUCUCGCCCGAUGCCUACAUCCAAAUGGCCCUGCAGUUGGCCUAUUAUCGUGAUGCCGGCCGCUUCUCGCUGACCUACGAGGCUUCGAUGACCCGUCUUUUCCGCGAAGGAAGAACUGAGACAGUGCGUCCCUGCACCAUUGAGUCGUCUGCCUGGGUCAAGGCCAUGCAGAAUCCCAGUACAACUAACGAUGAGCGGGUGAAGCUGCUUCAGGAGGCCUGCGAACGGCAUCAACUGGGCUACCAGGAUGCCAUGUGCGGACGUGGAAUCGACAGGCACUUGUUCUGCCUGUACGUUGUAUCCAAGUACCUGGAGGUUGACUCUCCCUUCCUCAACGAGGUGCUCAGCGAGCCCUGGCGCCUGUCCACUAGUCAGACUCCCCAUGGCCAAACGCCGAAGAUGGACCUGAAGAAGCAUCCCAAUUGCAUCAGCGCCGGCGGCGGCUUUGGUCCCGUGGCCGAUGAUGGCUAUGGUGUUUCGUACAUCAUUGCCGGAGAGAAUCUAAUAUUCUUCCAUAUCUCAGCGAAGACCACGUGCCAGCAAACGGAUGUGCAUCGCUUCGCGCAGAACAUAUCGCAGGCUUUGGCCGACAUUCGCAGCAUGUUUGAGCAGCAUAUGAAGGACCAUCCGAAGCCCGCCAAAAAACUCACAAACGGCGCCUCCACAUAAUCCACUUAGUCCAAGUAGUCGAGAUUCUUGUUAGCAUUUGUUUUAACCUUUCCUAGUUGAUCGUUUUAAACACAUCUGAUACAUCCGUCUAGUGUAAGUUCCAAAUUAAGUGCAAAAGUCGUCGAGAGUUAUACACAUAAACAAUGCAAUUUUUUAUAAACAAUUGUGACUUGGCUGAUUUUAAGAUUUAGUCAUUAGGUACUUUUGCACAAUAUUUGAUGCUUCUCAAUCAAUUAGUUUGUAAUCGAAGAAAUCGUGUAAGCUUAAGUGCUAUAAAUAUAUUUCAGUUUAAGCAUA